CUGUCAGUUAAAUGACACUUCAUCCAACUCCGGGAUCCGUUUGCUUCGGAAUCAAGACGACCCAAAUCAAGGUGAAAAGGAGGCGAAAAGUUCAUGUCGGACUUUUUAACGGAACUCUAAGGACCACAUGAAGUCCAAGCUGAACAUGGACAGUUUGACCAAGCCGGAGCUGCUAAUGCUCUUUAGUAUCCUGGAGGGAGAACUGGAAGCACGAGACAUGGUCAUUGACGCUCUUAAGGCUCAGCGCAAAGAGUUCUUCGUGCAGGAGCGCUACGGCCGCUACGACCUCAGCGACCCCUUCCUUGCUCUACAGAGAGACGGCGAGGUGGUGGGAGAUCACCGGGGCAAGGAACACGCAGCCACUUCCAACCCGCUGGUGGUGCUCAAGCUGGUAGUUAGCCACUGCAGGAGGAUGCAGGAGAAGAUGCUGGCCCAGUUAGCGGCAGCGGAAAGCAGGCACAGAAUGGUGAUCAUGGAUCUGGAGGAGGAGAAGAGGAAACACGCCGAGGACACGGCCGAGGGCGAUGACGUCACCUACAUCCUGGAGAAAGAGCGGGAGCGUUUACAACAGCAGCUGGAAUUUGAACGUGGCCAGGUUCGGCGCUUGGAAAAAGAACAGCGGCGCGUCACGGAUCAGCUGGAGGAAGAGCGAGCGCAGCACAAGCAGCUCUCCUGCGCCCUGGCCAAAGAGUGCAAGUGGGCCAGCGCCAGAGCCCUGGAGGAGGGCCACCGCCUCGCCGAGGCUGGCCGCAAGCUGGACAAGGAGCGGGAGGCCUUCCAGGCACUGAAGGAGGAACUGGAGGAGGAGAGGAGGCGAGCACUGAGGAUGGAAGCCAGGGUGGAGGAGCAGCUGGCCGAGUUCGACACGGAGCGAGAGCAGCUACGCUCGCGACUCAAGAAGGAGGAGGCACACUGCGCCAGAUUGCAGCAGCAGGUGGAGGAGCUUCAGAGGAAGCUGAGUGACAUCAAUGUGGUGGCAGACGUUCAAGAAGAAGGUGUGCAGUGGGCCACAAAGGUUCCUUUAAAAAAGAAGACCACAGAAGCAAAACUGGAACACAACGAGGACGAAGGUCAGCAGGGAGCCGGGGAGCCAAAACUUAACGGGCACCAUUAUGCGAUGGAUGCCGACGAGCUUUCUAGUGGCGGACCCUCAAAUGGGAAUCCUCCAAUUCAGCAGAGUUCCUCCCCGUGCGCUUCGCCCGUCCUAUCCAAACAUCCCAGCAUGCCGACGGGUUGCAAGUCUUCCUAUCAGGCCGGAAUCAACCAGCGCUUCCACGCCGCCCGCCACAAGUUCCAAACGGCGCCCAAUGACCCCGAGCCCACCCAGCCAACCACCAGCACCUCCCCCACACCUUCUCCAGCAGAGUCCAGCAAGCAGAUGGCCCGUAGCACCGUCACCCAAGUCCUUUCCCGCUUCACCACCACGCAGCAGGCACCCAAACUCUCCACAGUCAACCACUCCCCCUUCGGAACCGACUACCGCUGCUUGGCGGCCCCACUGUCUCCCACCGCGGGACGGGCAGCGGCCCCACCUCAGGGUGUCCGCUCGCCCACAAUCCCCAGGGCAGACAGGGGAAACCCUCCACCUAUCCCGCCCAAGAAACCUGGCCUGGCUCAAGCUCCGACUUCACCGCCUGCCGUCCCGAGGUCGGGCGGCCAUUUUAACGACGCCCCCCAUUCGGGAAGCUGCGGAAUCACUUCCGCCCAAGACGGCGUCAAAGAACUGGACGUGGUUCUUUCAUCUAAUUAACAUCAAACACUGUUAUAUGACCGUAUGAUUUUUGUAUUUAUUAUGUCAGUCUAGAAAUAUGCAUGGUAGUUGAUAGAGAAAAACAACAAUCCGGCUCUAUUUGCAGGAUUACGGUGCUAGCCAUGAAUUGAUGCUUCCUCCCCCAAAUGGUUAAGAAUUACCUUAUAGAUGCCACAAAACAGGGUUAGCAAACAGCUACAUGAAGCUUCGUAACUCACUUCAACCUAGUUCUUUGCUCCAAAAGCAAUACUUUCAUAUUGCUUUAGCCUGAGCCCAAAGAGAACUGUCUGCAAGUUUCACUAACAACGCAGGUUAAAAUCCCUGACAAAAAGAACUCCUUUCACAGUCUAGAUGUAUCACUUCCACAUGCCUCACAGGGACCAAUUAGCAUGCUACUUUCUGUUUAGUGCAGGGUUUCGUAAACCUUUAAAGGAGCAACAAAAAAAAAAAAAUGCAAAUCAGUCAGUUUUUAGAAAACAAUUGAGGAUAGGCUCUCAACAGACAAAUUUAAGUUUAAUUAGUGAACGAUGAAUAUUUUCUAUAUUGUAUGGUCUAUUGAUAUCAGUAACAAUGAACAUAUAUGUAUUCUUAUUCUUAAUAUGCAGUCUUUAAUUCUUUUAUUUUUAUAAAACUGUACAGUUUAUUAUUUUCCUGUAAAAGGUUCCUUAUCUACCACAGUAUAUGAUAGAAAUAUAGUUUUAUAUAACUUAAAUGUAUAUAUACUUAUGAUGAUCAUACAUAUUAUUAUACACAAUCACAGUACAGUUCUAUGUAUUUCUAAGAGAUUAUUAAUAUUACAGUCAAGUUGGUAUUUUUGUGCACUCAUUGUAUCACAUUCCUCUUCUAUAUACACUAAAAGGGUUAAUAAAUGUAACCCAACGACGUGUUUGUUAUUCAACUGUGGUCAGCAUGUAAAAGGUUUAAGAAAACUGUAAAGCCGCUGCAAUGGAAUAUGUUAAGUGCUGUCACCUGAAACUAGUCUUUAAGUGAAAUUAUUUUCAGAGUACACCAAAAAAGACUUUCUGCCCAAUUUUGUAUUAUUUAUGUAUUAAAAAAAAAGACUUGUUCAGUAUUUUUCAUGAAUGUAUUUCCACAUAUGAAAAGGAAAUAUCUAGUAGCGUCAAGAGCUCGAAUUCAUUUUAGCUGCACCUCUAACAAAUGUCCUGUAGGGAGCAGUAUUGGAUUGUCACAAAAUUUUUUCAAGCAGUCUCAACAAUACUCAGAUACUUCUGUCAAUUUUACUUGUCCUAAUAAAGGUCAUAGGUCAAUAGGAGCCAAAACGCAGACGGACUGGUUGACAGAUAAUCAAGGCUGGCAAGGAAAGCCUACAAGAAUAUCUGAACUUUGUUUACAGUUAAUCAGCAGCACUUCAAAUUGUGGCAGGUGUGCACGACCUUCGUUUGAAUGGCAAUGGUCAAUUCUGAACACAGGUACAUUCUGAGUUAUGAGGGUGUGUGCACUUUUGCAAAGUAUGCAAAAUGCUUUUUUUGUUGCAAUUUCUUUUAAUAUCACAAAACAGUGGCAUUUGGGCAGGGGCGUGUUGACUGGAGAAGAACUGAUGAGAAGUAAUGUUAUAAAUAAAGUCCCGAGAAGAGGAUCA